UGGGUUCAAAAUAAAAAGUUGAAAAAGAAACAGACUUUGGAUUAUUUGUUGAUAGCACUUUAUUUUUGUUAUCAAUGAUAAGUAGGACGCAAAUUGGACUAAGCAUUCUCAAGAGAGUGUCCGAAGCGAGAAAAUAUCAUGAAACAUUUUCAAAAUAUAUUGGUGUUUCCUAUUUACCGUGCCACACGAAUUCGAGAUCUGGGUCGCGUUUCCUUAGCAAACAACCAACGAAAAAACCAAAGAAAGACAAACAAGAAAUAGAAGAAGAUCCAAUAUCAUUGGGGAAAGUAUUCUACGAUACACGAAUCAGAAAAGUUGAAGAGCUAAGACAAAACGUCGACACACACCCGUAUCCACAUAAAUUUCAAGUUAGCUGUACAGUUACAGACUAUGUAGAAAAAUAUAAGCACUUGAAAAAUGAAGAACAGUUGAUGAAUAUUACAGAGACCAUUGCUGGUCGUAUUUUAUCGAUUCGAAGGGCUGGCUCUAAGCUAUACUUCUUCGACUUGCAAAGUGAUGGAUCGAGGGUUCAAGUUAAAAUAAGUGCGCAAAUGUAUGAAAGCAAAGAAAAGUUCGAAGCUGAAGCUUCAAAAUAUCACCGUGGCGAUAUAAUUGGAAUAGAAGGUUCACCAGUCAGAACAAAAAGUGGCGAAUUAUCGAUUCUUUCAAAAACGGUUAAGCUGCUUGCUCCAUGCUUACAUAUGUUACCAACUAUGCAUUUUGGAGUCAAAGAUCAAGAGACUCGGUUCAGGCAGCGAUAUUUGGAUAUGAUUCUCAACAGCAAGGUUCGUCAAACUUUCCAAGUUCGUGCAAAGAUCAUUUCGUAUGUGCGUCAAUUCUUCGAUCAAAUGGGAUUUUUGGAAGUUGAAACACCUAUGAUGAAUACGAUCGUUGGUGGUGCAAACGCGAAACCUUUUAUGACCCAUCAUAAUGACCUUGAUAUGAAACUAUUUAUGCGCAUCGCUCCAGAACUUUAUCUCAAGACAUUAGUUGUUGGCGGUAUGGACCGUGUUUACGAAAUUGGUCGACAGUUCCGAAAUGAGGGUAUUGAUUCGUCACAUAAUCCCGAAUUUACGACGUGCGAAUUUUAUAUGGCUUAUGCCGAUUACAAUGACGUCAUCGAAAUCAGCGAAAAAUUGAUUUCGGGAAUGGUGAAGAGUAUUCAUGGAACAUAUAAAGUAAAAUACCAUCCAGAUGGUAUCGAUGUCGAAAAUGCACCUGAGUAUGAAAUUGAUUUUACGCCGCCAUUCAGACGUAUCAAAAUGAUUCCGGCCUUAGAAGAAAUACUCAAGGUGAAAUUCCCGAAUCCACAAGAAUUCAACACUGACGCAAGCAAUAAAUUUACUAGUGACUUGUGCGUUAAACACAAUAUUGAAUGUCCACCACCACGAACAACGGCUCGUUUGCUUGACAAGUUGGUUGGUGAAUUCCUCGAAGAACAAUGCAUCAAUCCAACAUUUAUCUGCGAUCAUCCGCAAAUUAUGAGCCCAUUGGCCAAAUAUCAUAGAAGUGUUCCCGGAUUAACCGAACGAUUCGAAUUGUUUGUGAUGAAGAAAGAAGUUUGUAAUGCAUACACCGAAUUAAACGACCCAAUUGUUCAACGUCAAUGCUUUGAUCAACAAGCUGCUGCCAAGAAUGCUGGAGACGUUGAUGCACAACAAAUUGAUGAAAACUUUUGCACAGCGCUUGAAUAUGGUUUGCCACCGACCGGUGGAUGGGGGAUGGGAAUUGAUCGCUUAACAAUGCUUUUAACCGAUUCCUAUAACAUAAAAGAAGUCUUGUUAUUCCCUCUCAUGAAACCAUCCACUAAAUUUGCAAAGAAACUGCAACAAAAAAUUGUGGAUGAAUGAUGAGCAUUGGUUACAUAUUUUGUAGGAAAUGAAUAAACUAUUUUGUGAUUAUGUUUACAAA